AUGUCGCCCAAAAUUCAGAGACAAAUUAUGUCCGACUUUUUCUCCGAUAAGGGAAUUGAGCUCUCAAUGGCCAGAACCACAAUCGCCGGCAGCGACUUCUCGACCCGUCAAUACACUUACGACGAUCACGACUGGGAUUGGGAUUUAAAACAAUGGAGUUUAGUAGAAGAAGACACCAAAUACAGGAUCCCGCAAAUGAAGAUCGCGUCGGAAGUGGCCAAACAUAAGCCAAUCAAAUACUUUGGUUCGCCGUGGAGUGGCCCGGCGUGGCUCAAGACUAAUCAUAAGAUUACUGGAAAGGGACAACUGUUAGAAAAGGCCGGCUCUAAGCCGUGGGAGACGUACGCCAAUUAUAUUGUUAAAUGGCUGUCCGCAUACAAAGAACACGGGGUCGAGUUCUGGGGUAUGACUGUCCAGAAUGAGCCCAUGACUGGAAUGCAGGAGAACUUCCCGUGGAAUACAAUGGGAUUCACCGCUGAAAUGGAGAGAGACUUUUUGAAAACAGAUUUGGGACCGGCGUUGGAGAGGGCGGGAUGGGGUCCCGACAAGUUUAACGUUAUGAUUCUGGACCACAACCGAGAUUUAUUGCCCCAAUGGGCUGAUGUAGUGUUGGGCGAUUCGGGUGCCGCCAAAUAUGCCAAAGGGGUUGCCGUUCACUGGUAUGGCAAUGGAGCGGCCGGUCCCGAGCGAUACGACCAGGUCCACAACAAUCACCCCAACCAUUUUAUAUUAGCGACUGAAGCGUGUAAUGGAUGGCAAGACGCCGACUGGUCUAUUUCUUUGGGCCGAUGGGACUUCGGCGAGAGCUAUGCUCACGACAUUAUCAGAGAUUUAACGCAUUGGGUCUCGGGUUGGAACGACUGGAAUGCGGUCUUAGACAUGACAGGAGGUCCGAUAUGGGUUGGAAAGGGUCACUACGAGUCGGCGCCCAUAAUCGUGGACCCGGCGAAAGGGGAGUACUUCAAGAACCCGAUGUUUUUCGGAAACCGGGUGAAGAGGUUUAAGGAAGGCGGGCCUUCAUUUGCGUAA